UACCGAGUGUAACCAUGGAAACGGACAUAAACGGUAACUAACGUUGACAAACAAAGUGGAUAGCCGAGUUACAUCGCUACACUUAGACAACUGACAAACUUUAUUACACGAUAUUGCAUUUUUUUCAGUUCUGUUUAUCCUGCGUGCUAAUUUGAAAGUUUUUUGGGGCGUGAAAAGUCCGCUGCUGGAUUCCAAGAAACGAUGGGAGAUAAAGAGGCGACAGCAACUCAAAGGGAAGGUGGAGAUGGCGGAGAGUCUCCUGUCAAAAACAGAUCGGGUGUCACUACGAAGAACGAAGCACAAGAAAAUUUGGAACUGCAAAGCCCAUUAAAAGAAGAAAAGGAAAAAUACACAGGUCCACGAAUGACCAAGAAGUUCCUCAAAGACCACUGUAAGAAGCACAAACUGUAUUUCACACCUUCCCUGAAUGAAACACUUUAUCUGCAUUUGCAAGGUUUCUCCACCAUUGAGAACCUGGAGGAGUAUACGGGGCUGAAGUGUCUCUGGCUCCAAAGCAAUGGGCUUCGACGCAUUGAGAACCUGGAUGCCCAGACUGAUCUGCGCUGCUUGUUCCUCCAGGAGAACCUCAUAUACAAGCUGGAAAACCUUGAACCUCUGAAAAAGCUGUGCAGCCUAAAUGUUUCUAAUAACUACAUUCAAAUUAUUAAAAAUAUCUCCUGCCUUCCUGAAUUAAAUACUCUGAUAGUAGCCCAUAACAAGCUGGAGACUGUGGGUGACAUUGAACAUUUGAGUCAGUGUUUGUCUAUUAGUGUCUUAGACUUGUCUCAUAACCUGCUAAAUGACCCUGAGAUCCUGAUUGUGCUUGAGGCCAUGCCAGAUCUGCGAGUACUGAACCUGAUGGGAAAUGAGGUGGUGAAAAAAAUUCCAAACUACAGAAAGACCAUGAUUGUACGUCUCAAGCAGCUCACCUUCCUUGAUGAUCGCCCCGUGUUUCCUAAAGACCGGGCGUGUGCGGAGGCGUGGGCAGAGAGAGGGGUGGAGGGGGAGCAGAAGGAAAGAGAGCUAUGGGAAACAAGGGAGAGGAGGAAAAUCCAGGACAACAUUGAUGGAAUGGCAGUAAUUCGAAAAAAGGCUUUGGAGAGGCGACGUCUUCGAGAGUUACAAGAAAAAGGGGAAAGUGAGGCACUCACCACUUCAGAGACUCCUUGUGAGGAAGGCAACACCCCAAUAUUGCCUUCCUCUUCUUCAGGAGAGAGGGUCCAGGCUUUUGUGCUGGACAGCCUGGAUGCCCAUGAAGAGUUCUUGCUGUGUCAGUCAAAACAAGGAUUUCAAACAGAUGGUGAAGAUGUAGAAUCAGAGCAGCUGGGUCAUGGGAUACAGAGUGAGCAGUAUGAGAAAGGUCAUGGUCAAUUACAGAUUAAGCCUGUCAGAGAAGAGAAAGAAGGCAUGAAUCCAGAGAACUGGUCUCAAGAGCAAGAAGGUCAUGUAGGACAGAUGCUAGAGACAGAUGAGGAAGAAGGAAAAGAACAAAACCAGUUCAUGAAGAAUGAAGCAAGGAGGGAGCAGCCUGAACAUAAACAUCCACUUCUGGAUGGGGGUCCUCUUUCAAAAGAAGGCAAGUUUGUCCCAACACGUGGCCCUGGACCGCUGGUUACUGAGCUGCAACAUGAAGAGCUGGAAACCAUUCACCUUCCACUAAGUCAAUCACUGCAUAUCGAUGACCUGCCUGAUUUAGAGGAUGUGGAUGCAGGAGAUACCUCUGAAUUCUUGUCUCAGCAAGAUUUCAAACCAAAAAUAGAGGUAAUAUCAGGAGGCAGUGACGAAGACAAAGACGAAGACGAAGACGAAGCAGCCCAAAAUCAGAAGGAUGGCACGUCCACCCUUGGAGCCGAUAGGAAGCCAUUGUUUGUAAAGAGUGACGACAAAUCAGCAUGGCUCUCCCGGUAUUCUUCCUCACUGGUGUAUCCAGAGGAUGAGGAAGCCCCUUCCCAAAAUCCAAAGUCCACAAAAAAUCAAACCUCUCCACCACAAAGACCCUGCCUGAUAGAAGAGCUGGAUUAAUUUUAUGGAUAGAACUUUUUUCUUUCUUUUUAUAGGCAAGAUUAGUCUGAUCUGCCACGGGGCAGCUUUACAUAAAAAUAAGUUAAAGGGUGACAGCAAUUUUGGCCAUUACUAUUAAAUUGAAAGAAAGACCUGUUGAAAGUAGUGCAGUGUAUACUACAAUGUAGUAUAAUGUAUACU